UGUGUGUGUGUGUGUGUGUGUGUGUGUGUGUGUGUGUGUGUGUGUGUGUGGUUUGAAGGCGUGACCUCAUAAUUAAGAGAAGUAAGAAGUUCCUGGUUUGCAGUGAAGAAGAAGAGAAGCAGCAUUAAACCAUCAGAGCUCUGAGAUGAAACACACUUUGGUCUGCUUCAUCUUCCUCACAGCACUUCAGGAUGGAAACACUGGUUUGGUCAAAGCACAAACUCUCACCCACAGAGCAGAGGAAGGAGGAAACAUCACAGUUAAAUGCAGCUUUUAUUUCUCUGGAAGCAGGAAACUCUUCUGUAAGGAAAAAUGUGAAAAUGGAAACAUUCUUGUUGAAACAUCUGAUGAUGCAGCUCAGAACGGCAGAUACAGCAUUAAAUAUGAAAUCAAAGGCUUUUUCUCAUAUACUCUGUAUGUGAGCAUCACACAGCUGAAACAGUCUGACUCAGGACGGUACAGGUGCUCUUUGGACAGAAUUUUUGAUACAGGGAAAGAUGAGUUUGAGCUGAUUGUCACAGCAGCUUCAACCACUUCAACACCAAACGGGACUCUGAGACCUUUUUCAGCUUCAGUGUUUCUCUCAUCAGCCUCCACACCACCAACAACACAGAGUUUAAGCUCAACUUCAGGAAGCUCCACACCUUCAUCAGCCUCUGCGCCACCAAAAAUGGAAACAACACAGAGUUUAAGCUCAACUUCAGGAAGCUCCACACCUUCAUCAGCCUCCACUGAAACCAAAGAUGCAAGAUCAGAUGUGCUGAUUUAUGUGGGUCUGAUUCUGGUCGUUAUGAUCGUCGUCUUAUCAGCAGCUCUGCUGAUUUUCUGCAUGAGGAGGAAGACCACUAAACCCAGAGGACCUCCUGUGGAAACAGAGUAUGCUGACACGCAGGCCGACAGGUUGUAUGAAGAGAUCAGAGAGUGUGACAUGCCGAGCAGGUCACCUCCUGUCGAAGUGUCUUCAGUUUAUGCCACUGCUAAAGACCCCCGUUCAGAUGGAGUUGAAAAUAUAGACCUCUACAGCCUUGCAACCUCUCCUCAUAACAAUGCAGAUAACCUCUGCUACGCUGAAGUGGAGUUUUCCCACAUUCCUGCCACCAGCAGCGCCCCCUGUGGUGAAGCAACUGAUGUUGUCUACUCAGUGCCUCAGGUGGACCUGAGUACUGCCAGCCACACCAAAGAUGCUUCACCUCCUGUGUACUCUACUGUUUCCUCACUAUGAAUUACUUCAGUACUUUUUUUAAACCUGUCCUGUCCAGCAGCUGUAACAAGCGUAAUGUCUGAAUGCUUUGUUUUGCCAAACAUAUUUGCUUUCCCAAGAGGGGCACUGUAGGCUCUCUGUAGGCUCCUCUUUUUAGGUUUUUGUUUUAUUUAUUUAAUCCUAUUAUUCAUAUUUUUCUGUGUAUGGGUGGGGGAAAAUCGAGGAUGAAGCCAACAGACAUGCUGGGUCUCCAACUGCUACAUCUGUGACAAAGUACACAAACAAUAAGCAACACCUGAAAGACAAAACACAGUGUGUGUGUGUGUGUGUGUGUGUGUGUGUGUGUGUGUGUGUGUGUGUGUGUGUGUGUGUGUGUGUGUGUGUGUGUGUGUGUGUGUGUGUGUGUGUGUGAACCAGAAAGAGAGAAGAUGGGAGUGUGUAUGAUUGUUUGUAAUGAAACACAUUUGAAAAAUGAGGGUGAAGGCCUGGGAAAGACCCAAGAGACCCCAGCUUUCCACAGCUCCCAAGAGACCUGAAGAUCUUAAUCUCAACAACCAUACAUUCUAUCCUAGCCGAGGGAAGAUGGAGGCCGGACGGAGCUCCUAUAGCCAGCAGGCAACCAACCCCGCUGGCCACCCCAGCAUGAGGCAAAGGCGGGACUCAGUAACUGCCCAACACCCAGCAGAGCCCCCACCGCACAACGAAGAGGCCCAAGCUAGCCCUGGACACACACAGCCAUCCCCACACUCUGAAGUGUGGAUGGACAGGUGCCUUCCCAUAGCCAGCAGUGAUCCCGGGACGCAGUCAGCCAGUCCCCCGAUCACCAGCCAGACACGACAUCAGCCAGGGUGGUGAUAAUUACAUGAGCACUUAAGCUAUGGGUGAAACCUAUACAAAAGUUAGUUUAUUUUUCUACUUUUGACAUAUUUAUAACUUCAAUGCACAGUCACAUAGCCUCAGGUUAAAGCUGUUUUUAUUACAGCUGCUUAUAAUUCAGCUCAACAGAUACAAAAAAUGUUGCUAUUAUGAUUUUGUAGGAUAGAUGAAACCGUUGCAGGAAACAGACUGCUAUCAUUUAAGGACAUGAUAUAAGGAAAACAAAAAGUGAAGAGAUACAGUAAACUACAUGUUUUUAAUGAAAAUAAAUAUGAACAUUGGCAGUUUUAACAGUGUCUGGUUUUUAUUUUCUUUUAUAAAAUAUCUUAUAGAUAUUAAAAUAUACACAUUUCCUUCACUUCUGCAGUGGAAGUAUUUAGACUCUUCUUCAUACAGAGGAUAUUGAAAAAGAAAUCAACUGGACUUCUUAAACUUUUUGAAGAUGCUUCAUCCAGGAGGCUUCUUCAGUUCUAAAAACCAAGAGGUGGAGAAUCCCAGGUGUUUGAAUCUUAGUGGUCAUUGGCCCAGUAUUGAUCAUGUGCCUCAUCACAUGAGCCAAGGUGUGAAAAAACAUUUAGGGUGAAACCACUGUGGUACAUCAUAUGACCCACUGAGGUCACCUGAAGCAAGGUGUCUCAAAACUACUUAGUAGAUGGCUGAUGGGUGAUGUCAUAAAUCACCCACGGCCGGCCGACAGGACCAGACGUGGGAGGACCAAACAGCGCGCUGACCUCUGACGGAGAUGCAGCUGGACUAGACGGCAGCAUGGAGGUUGCAAGUGGUUCAGCUGCUGGCGGCAUGGCAGCUGUGGAUGGUUGAGCUGGUGGUUGAGCUAGCAGCUGAGUAGGCGGUGGCAUGAAAGCCAUGGGUGGUGGAGUCACAGGUGACGGCGUGACAGCUAUGAACGGUUGUGCUGGCAGUUAGAUGGACUCUCCUGAGCCACCAGUGAGAACAGGCAGCAGCAUGGAAGCCAUUGACAGCUGGACG